AUGUAUCCGCCAGACGAAACCACCACACAACCCAUAUUACCUCCCCCAUGCCAAGACUGUCCCCUUUCUAAACCUCGUCCUCCACGAAUUCCUCUCCACUUGCCAAAUGCUCGACCUAUGGUUGCUAAACGCAAGUUCACAAGCGACGCCAUAGAACAAGUUGUUCAACGUGUGACAGCUGUCAUGGCUGAUAGAGAUUUGGCUGCCCUCUUUAGAAAUUGCUAUCCUAAUACGCUUGAUACGACAGUUGCAUGGUUUCAUGAUGACCAUGCUAAUGAUUACAAGCGGCCGCGAUCAUUUAUUGUUACUGGCGAUAUACCUGCGAUGUGGAUACGAGACUCUACACAGCAACUUUUACCUUACUUGCCCUUCGCGCCUUUAGAUUACGAUUUACAAAAUUUGAUACUGGGAGCCAUCAAAGUACAGGCCACCUACCUAGCCUACAAUCCGUACGCUAAUGCAUUUCGGAUGCCGCCCGACGGACCUAAACCCGUUCAUCAUCAAACCCACGGAGAUAGAGUUGUACCCCCUUAUGACCCCAGCAUUGUAUGGGAAGCCAAGUAUGAACUGGAUUCACUGGCUGCCUUUUUCAAGCUGAGCACGGAAUAUGUGCGGAUCACAAAGGAUUCUAUUCGACUCAUCCAAGAUAAAGAAUGGCUUCAAGCCGUUCAUCGUGUACUUGAUCUUAUUGAAGAACAAAUGAGAGGUACAUGGGAAGAACCUCGUCGAUCGAAAGAAAAGGAACCCCACUAUUCUCUAGUCAAUACUACUUCGCUCAAAGGAGUUCCUCUUGGAGAAGGCUACCGAUUCUUACGCACCACUGACAUACCAACUGAGACGUUGGGCCAAGACGGCUUAGGUGGUGUGGUCAAGCGAUGUGGGCUGGUUAAGUCCGCGUUUAGGCCAAGCGAUGAUGCGACCACAAUGCCAUUCUUGAUACCGGCCAAUGCCAUGAUAUCUGUAGCAUUACAAGAUUUGGCCAUGCUCUUUGAACAGGUUUCGUACAAAGACCCAUUGGCCGUCCUGCCAAUAUUAGCGGAACGCUGUCGCAGCCUAGGUUUGACCAUUCGUGAAGCUGUCUUUCGACAUGGCGUAGUUCAACAUCCUAAAUACGGUCAGGUGUUUGCUUAUGAGGUGGAUGGAUUCGGUGGACAAAUGCUUAUGGACGACGCCAACAUUCCCUCUCUCCUAUCGUUGCCCCUUUUAGGCUUUAUAUCCAAACGAGAUCCAUUGUAUCUAAACACAAGAAAAUAUGUUCUUUCUGACGAUAACCCUUGGUUUUUCAGAGGUAGUCAGAUCGAAGGCGUCGGGGGACCUCACGUAGGUCGAGACAUGGUAUGGCCAAUGAGUGCCAUGGUUCGAGCUCGCACUGCUACGACUGCUGACGAAGUGCUAGAUGCAUUGGAAAUGCUCAAGCGUACCACGGCGGGUACUGGUUUAAUGCAUGAAUCGGUUAACAAGAACAACGCUACGGAUUUUACGCGUUCAUGGUUUAGUUGGGCCAAUGGACUGUUUGGCGAAACCAUCCUUGAAGUGCUUGAAGAAUGGCCUGAAGUGAUCGAAACCAUACAACCCGCAGAUUGA